AUGUCUUCCUCGAUCAAGAUUACCGGCCUUUUGGCUCUGGCUGGCUCUGUCGCUGCCGUCCCUCACUUCCAGCACGAGAAGUUCCACCACCGCGCUGCCUACCCUGCUGGUGGAUGGGGUGCCUCCAACAACACUGUUCCCGCUGGUACUGGUAGUGCCAUAUACGGUGAGCCAACCACCACUCUGGCCACGACUUCGACCUCGACCCAGACCUCGUACACGACCGUCUACGUCAAGCCCUCCCCUUACCCUGGAGUUCAACAGGCCAACGUCGCCGAUGUCGCCACUACCCCCGGCUGCGGUGCCACCGUCACUGUAACUGCCAAGGAGAAGGUCACCGUCACUGUCACCCCCGGGGGCGGUGCUGCUGCUCCUCCCAGCUCAGCUGCUGCUUCCCCUUCCAAGCCUGCUGAGUACGCUGCUCCAUCCAAGCCCGCCGAGUAUGCUGUUUCCUCCAAGCCUGCUGAGUACCCAGCCGAGACCCCCGAGGCUUCUGCUUCAUCCAAGCCUGCUGAGUACCCUGCCGAAACUCCUGAGGCUCCUGCCCCAUCCAAGCCAGCUGAGACUCCAGCACCAUCCAAGCCUGCUGAGACUCCUGUCUACAGCGCUUCAGCCACCCCAUCUGCCAGCAGCCCAGUUGGUGGUGCCUUCCCCACUGGUACUCCCGGCCUUGGAAACAUGUACUCUGGCACCAAGCGUGGUCUUGCCUACAACAACGCCGAGCUCUGCUCUACCCUCGGUAGCAGCUACGGCUUCGGCUACAACUGGGCUCAGACUGAGAACAACGACAUCGGCACCAUGUUCAUCCCCAUGAUGCACAAGCCCAGCGACUCCACCGCCGACGAAUGGCUCGCAAACGUCGACAAGGCCGUCAAGAAGGGCUCCAAGGCCGUCAUGGGUUUCAACGAGUGCGACAUUGCUGCUCAGUGCAACCUCAGCCCCGAAGCUGCCUGCUCUUCGUGGAAGGAGUACAUGAACCCCGUCAAGGAGGCUCACCCCGACGUCACCAUCAUCGGUCCCUCCGUCAGCAACGGCCAGGCUCCUCUCGGUCUCGACUGGCUCUCGCGCUUCCACACCGCCUGCCCCGACGCCAAGGUCGACGCUACCAACAUCCACUUCUACGACGUCUACGACGACAAGACCAUUGACCGCUUCAUUGCCCACGUCAAGCAGGCCGCCGAGACCUACGGCCAGAAGGUCUGGAUCACCGAGUUCGGCCUCAACUCCGGUUCCGCCACUCAGGAGCAAGCCGCUAGCUUCCUCAAGGACUGCAUGGCCUACCUCGAUACCUCAGAUGAUGUCCAGGGCUACUCAUGGUUCAUGGUUGGCACCGGUGAGAACCAGCUUAACCUCUCUGAUGGUCUUUCUCCCAUCGGAAAGGUCUACGCUGGUUCUUCCUAA